CGAGAAUUGAGUUUGAGUUUAAAAACUGGCGGUUCAUCACGGGACGUUUUUCUGAAGAGAAGCCGCAGUAUAAAGUAGAGCCACAACAUGCCUCCUGAUUCUGAAGCAGAGAUCCGUGAAAGUUUCCAGCGAGCUCAGAAAGCUCACAACAACAAGGCCAAGCUGGUGGCCAGUCUGAAAAACACGUAUGUUAAGUUACAGAAUAAGGCAGAUUUCCACGAGGAGUUUCUGCGCUGCCUAAAAUACGCACUGAUCGUGUACACCAGAGAGCCAGCAGUGGAAAGUGUCAUUGACUUUGUGGUGAAGUUUUCCACCAGCUUCGAGACGCCCGUCGGCGAGGAGGAAGAAGACGAAGAAGAGGAGGAUACAUUUCUGAACUUCUUGUUCAACUUUCUGUUGGAGUGUCACGGGGUGAGCAGCCACGCUGUGCGGUUCCGGGUCUGUCAGCUGGUGAACAAGCUGCUGGGCAGUCUGAGUGAGAACGCACAGAUCGACGAUGGGCUGUGUGAACGGAUCCACGAGGCCAUGUUGAUCCGUGUCACAGAUAAAUACCCCAAUGUCAGGAUACAGGCCACGCUCGCCAUGGCCCGCCUGCAGGAUCCUGAGAACCCUGAUUGUCCCACCAUCAAAGCCUACAUGCUGCUGCUAGAGAACGACUCAAACCCUGAGGUGAGGAGAGCCGUCCUGUCCUGCAUUGCACCCUCCGCCCUCACGCUCCCCAAAAUCUACAGACGUACCCGAGAUGUUAAAGAAAAAGUCCGCAAACUGGCUUAUCAGGUACUUGCUGAAAAGGUGCAUCUCAGAGCUUUAUCCAUUGCUCAGAGAGUCAGUCUGCUGCAACAAGGACUCAACGACUCUGCAGCUUCAGUGAAGGAAGUGGUGAAGCAGACGCUCCUUCCCUCCUGGCUCCGUUUCCUUCAGGGAGACGUGCUGCAGUUGCUACACAGACUGGACGUUGAGAACUGCGCCGACACCGCAGUGUCCGCACUGCACGCCCACUUCUCAAUGGUAACGACCCCCGAGGAACUUCUGAACGCAGCGAAACUAAACGACAGAAAGCUGAUCCCAUUAGAUGCCCUGACUUGUGAGAAUGUCCUGUAUUGGCGCGCACUUUGUGAGUUUGUGAAAAGUAAAGGAGAUGAGGGGGAGGAGCUUCUCGACAAACUCUUACCCGAGCCUGCUCUGUUUGCUGAAUACCUGUACAGUUAUAUGAAGACCCUUCCAGCCAUGUGUGAAGAUCACAGAGCUGAUAUGACUCAGCUGGAGUCUGUGAUGAUGAAGGAGUUCAUCACACAGCAACUCAUCCAGCUAGUGGACUGCUUGGACACUGCAGAGGAGGGAGGAAGAAAACGUGUGCUCGCAGUUCUGAAGGAGAUGCUGGGGCUGCCGAACACCCCCUUCUCUCUGGUCAGCCAGCUGGUGCAGAGACUCAUGAGAAUUAUCCACGACGAUCAGCAGUGCAUCGCGACGGUAGCCGAGAUCAUCUCCGACGUCAGGGAGCCGAUCGUGCCUGUCACUCAAACCGAGGACGAGAACGAAAAGCGCAAGAGACAAGUCAGGCUGGCAGAGGUGAAGGUGUGCAUUAUGGAGUGUAAGCAACAGCUGGAAGACUGCAUCAGCGCUCAGGACUUCAGCCGUGCUGCUGAGUUGAAGAACUCCAUCACCGAGCUGGAAGAUCUGAAGAACCAGUUAGCGCAGGAGAACACGCACACCGAACCUGCUAAAGAGCAGCACGUAGAAAAGUUCUUGGUUUCAGGUCUAGAACUCUCCAAUAUUUCAACUGUAAACUUUAUCAAGAAUGAUCCAGAGACAUUGCUGAAGUGUCUGACGAUGUGUGCCGAAGCACUGAAACAGAUGAACAUCACCCGGGGAAUCUGUCCCACCCUCAACGGCCUCCUAGAUUCGCUGGUGUUGCCGUGUGUGUCUAACGCAAACUCCGCAGUGAGGAACAUGGCUGUAGUGUGUUUGGGCACUGCGGCUCUGCACAGCAAAGACCUCGCCAAGACACACCUGGUGCUUCUGCUACAGAUCACCCAGCUGGACGAGCCUAAGAUCAGGAUCAGCGCUCUCAGAGCUGUUGUUGAUCAGCUGCUCUUAAACGGUCUAGACAUCCUCCGUGAUAGACCCGCCUCCCAGCAAGCGCAAACCACUGAUUGGCCAGAUGGCAGUGAAGGACAAACCGAUCAUCCAGUUGAAGAGGAGGAUAAUCUUAUACAGAGUAUUCUGAAGCUGUUGGCUGAGUUCUUGGACAGUGAGAUCUGUGAGCUGCGCACAGAGACGGUAGAGUGUGUGUGUAAGCUGCUGUACUGUGGCAGGAUGGUGAGCGUGAAGCUGCUCACUCGCCUCAUUUUGCUCUGGUACAACCCACUGACUGAAGAGGACCAGAGACUGAGACACUGCAUUGGAGUGUUCCUGCAGCUCUACACGCACUCACACAGGACUCAUCAGGAGUGUGUAGAGGAGAGCUUCAUCCCCACCGUGCGGACGUUAUUCAAUGCUCCAGCCACGUCUCCGCUCUCCGAGAUUGACGCCAAUAACGUUGCCGAGCUCUUCAUAGAGCUCACCCGCUCCAGCGCUCAAAUUCAAGGCGUGAGCGUGCACGACUCUCUGGCCGUGCGAGUGUGUAACGAGAUUCUGCGAGACACUUCUGCUCCUGAGGUGCGUCUGUACUGCAAAACCCUCGGCUCUUUAGCCAUCAGCACCGAUCCGGGACCCACUAACGACGAGCUGCAGCAGCUCCUCACCACCAUCCUGCAGGAGGUGAAGGAUAAGCACUGCAUUAAAGCCUUGGAGAAAGUGCUUGCUCGUCUUAAAGGAGAUCAGUGUGUUCGAGGUGCACACACUCAGGACACAGUGCUGAAUGCUCAGGAUGAAAACGCCAGCGAACUUGUCAAUGGAGACGACUGCAAACCCACACGACCCAGAAGAGGUCAGAAGAAAACCACGACAGCCAGGAGUGUAAAAAAAACAUCUAAAGUGAAGGAGUCUUCUGAUGAAAGCGAUGAGGAGAAUGUUCCAGAAAACACAGAGGCUCCGACGGCGCGUCCAAGUCGGCGCGCUAAAAAAGCAGCUCUGGAUAAAACCAAGCAGGAUCUGACGGCACUGAUGAAUUAUGAGGCCAGUGCGUAGGUCAGGGUCAGUCUAAACAUCUUCAAACACACCUAAUCUCAGUUACGUUUAAGAGAAGACGUCUACGAUCGAUAUUUAUCCAAUGCUGAACCACUGAGGUGACUGAGCACCUAUCACCAACAAAUGAUGUUGAUUCUCAACACUCUUCAGUGUGUGCGUUUAACAUUAAUAUGCGUGAGGGGAAAUGACCUCCAUAUAAGCCGUUAUCACUCAAAUUUUCAUCACUUAUUAAUACAGCUAUCGUAAUGAUUCAUAAUGACACCAAUAUGACCUAGUCUGCUCAUAAGGCUUGCUUGCUGUGUUUUUCUCCUACACUGCUCUAUAGUGUUCAUUCUUCUCUAUUAUUCAUCAUCUCUGCAGUGCGUAACGUCUCCCGUUUUCCAUGUUCAAGUUUUGACCUUUAUGGAGAGAGACAGAGCUAAAGCGCUUGUUAUAAUAUCAGCAAAACUCACUCGGCAUGCAAAACCCGAGGAAAUUGUUCUUUUAAUGUUUUAUUUUCAAAUGUUUA